AUGUGCCCUUGCAUCUCUGGCGUCCGCUUCAGACAACUUACUUCGUGCAAGGUUUUUUGCUUCGUUGCCGGAGGACUCAACUAUGCCAUGAUUAACUGGGGAUUGGGAAGGCAUGCUGUCACUCUGCCCCCCGAUAAUGUCACGAUGGUGCUAAAGCUUCUCGUUGCCUUCGAGUGUAUCUACUGCACUGGGGUAGGGCUGGUCAAGCUCUCACUCCUCCUGAUGUACUUGCGCAUAUUUCCGACCAAGGACUUUCGAAUCGGCGCAUACAUCUUAGGAUCCGUGACGAUUGGUUGGGUCAUAGCCAUCAACUGCGUCAGCAUCUUCCAGUGCAAUCCUAUCGAAAAAGCCUGGUUGGGCCCUGCAGUUGCCGGUACAUGCAUCAACCUCAAGGCUUCAUUCAUUGGUAAUGCCGUGCCCAAUAUCUUGACAGAUAUUAUUAUCUUAUGCAUGCCUGUCACUCAGGUGUUGAGGCUCCAAGUGUCAAACGCUCAACGCGCAUCGCUGAUCUUCAUGUUCUUGCUCGGAGCAUUUGUGCUCUUCGCUAGCAUAUAUCGCUUUACGACAAUCAUGCAAUUUGACAUGGCCGACACAACGGGAACUUUAGCAACAGCGUGCACUUGGUGUGUCGUAGAAGUUGCAACUGGAAUCAUAAGCGCAUGCCUACCUACGAUGCGUCCGCUCAUGCUCCUUGUUUCGUCGCAAUUCAGCAGCACUCGGAACAGAUCUGGACAAGGGUCGGCUACGGGAGGGCGGUCGCAUAAGACGGAGCUUGUUACCAUUGGCGGCACGGGGAGCAAACGCAAUCAGGAUUUCAGGCGCCUCAAGAAUGACUACGACGUCCACAGCAACGUCAUUGCGACGCAUACAAAUGGAGGUCGUGAUGACGCGUCGUCAUUGAGUGGUGAUGAGCGACCCCUAGCUAGUGUGACAUAUCGACAAGAAGCAAGGCAUAGCUCAUCUAGAAAAUCUUCAACAACGGAGCUUUGA